CCGGCAGCGGCAGUUUUAAACCCCGUACCAUUUAGUCACUUAUAGCCCUUAAUGCUUUUCAUAGUAUGUGUCUGAAGAGAAGAAGAAGAAACCAAAGAAGAAGACGUGAUAAGGACUAUAAGCACAAGAAAUCUACUCCAUCAAUCAGUGAAAGAUAAGUUUCUAAACUGUCUGCGGUGAAAAGAUCCAGACAGAUACAGGGAAGCUUUCAGAAUCAUGUUAUAAGUCAAUACAGCAUUAUGGAGCUCAUCAUACACCUAUACCUUCUGUAUUGCCAAUUGUUGGUAUCAAACAGUCAGGACUUCCUUCUUUUGUUGUCUGGGAACUUCUUAUUAAUUCCACACUGAGCAGGCAUAUUUCUUUCCAGUAAGUUAUACGCCUACAAAAGCAUGACUUCAAACGAAUUAUGUAACAAUGUCACCUGUAAUGACACACUCACUGUGAAGGGGGAUGGCAAGCCAGCAACCAGCAUCAUCAUGUUUUUGGCUGGUGUGGUGGGAAACCUCCUGGCCCUCUUCAUCCUCGGUGUUCACCAGAAAGAGCAUCGCUCCAGGUCCUCCGUUUUCUGCAUCCUGGUGACUGGCCUGGCCCUCACCGACCUGCUGGGCACCUGCCUCCUCAGCCCACCUGUGUUCAUCUGCUACGCUCGCAACAUGUCCCUGAUAGGUCUGGGUGAAGCAAGACUGUGCAAUCUCUUUGGCUUUGCCAUGAGUUUCUUCGGCCUUGCGCCCACACUCAUCCUGUGUGCCAUGGCUGUGGAACGUUGCCUGGCCAUCAGUCACCCUUAUUUUUACUCUGUGCACAUACGCCGCAGCUUUGCCAAGUUCACCCUUUUCUUUAUAUACCUAUUUUCUUUGGCUUUCUGCCUCCUGCCAUACAGUGGCUAUGGCAAAUUCAGACAGUACAGUCCCGGGACGUGGUGCUUCAUUGACAUGGAUGCAAUAGAGGACGAAAAUGCUAACUUGGUGCUGGCCUUUUCUCUGUCCUACUCCUCACUCACGGCACUGCUAAUCUUGGCAGUAUUUGUGUGCAAUGGUUCAGUGAUUGUCAGCCUGUGUCAGAUGCAUCAGAGCCAGAAGAUGCGGCGCGGCUCAGUUGGGUCAGGGGGGAGAAAGAGGAGGCUGAGCCUGGCCUGGUUUGGACAGGGGGAAGAGGAGAUGGACCACCUGGUGCUGCUGGCACUCAUCACUGUCAUCUUUGUGGUCUGCUCCCUGCCGCUCACUAUUGCAGGUUUUAUUAAUGCCAUUCAGCCAUUUCGUGACGACAAUGAGAACUUGACAGCCUUCCGCUUCUACGCCCUCAACCCCAUUGUGGAUCCCUGGGUCUUUAUCAUCUGCCGCAAGUCUGUGCUUCACCACCUUCGUUCUCUGCUGAGCUGCCGCUUUAGCAAAGGAGCUGUAAAGACUACAGCACAAUGUUCUCUAUCUUUACCGCUUGACAAUCACAUACAGAACAACCCCCCAGAUGUGAUAGUUCCACAGACCACCACGUACUCCAGUUUACCCCAGUGACCCACCAGAAAAAACUCUGAUGAACUAGAGGCAGGGGCAUUUCUAGGUCUAAUAAAACAUUGGAGUAAAGUUGUGAUUGUGAUCUACAUACGGGGUCUGAACACACCUACAUGAGGCACAAAGACUUUCAAAAGAAGCAUCUGUCACAGUGGAAAUAUUAAACUGUUUCUCUAUGAACUCACUAUGAACUGGUUGCACUAGCUCUUACACAUCCACUGACUGAUACAAACUGUUUUAAAGUUGCAAGGAGAGCCGUGCCAUAAAACAAACUGCACUGUAACUUUGCACUAAGGAACACAUCAAACCAUAUCAAGCCUAUGAAUAAUAUAGCCUACUGUAAAAUCUGAAUAUAUGCACUUGGGUAAAGCUUUAUGGGUAAACAAUAUGCAUGAAUGUAUACUGUCUUCUUCUUUUUAUCAGUCAGCCUUUUCUGUCAAAGACAUCCAGAUAAUGGUAAUGGCUUGUCCGUGUUAUGACAUGAGAUGCAGGUCAUACUCAACUGGAUGAAGAUGACCAUACUUGUACAGUUUAUUUCAGCACCUGUCUGACAAAAGGGAGAUUUAUUUUAUUCAAGUGAGAAGAAAUUAUAGAUAUAAAAUGGGUUGAUCUCCCAGGUGACUGUCUAUUGAACCAUUAGUAUGCCUUAUAGUAGAAUAAUUAACCAUGUCAAAACAAGACUAAGCCAUACUAGUGGGUCUGUGAGGCUGCACAGCAGUCCUCUAAUGUAAAACAGUAGCGUCAGUACGCUAACAUGCUCACAAUGGCAAUGCUGUAUACAAAGUUGUGCUGAGACCAAUGGGAAUGUUAUUAGUUUUCUGGAUAUUUGGUCAUAAACCAAAGUAUAUUUUGAGAUGAUGAAGAGAUAAAGGACCACCGAAGUUACACUUAAAAUGAAUGUCUACCAGAUUUUAUGCCAAACCAUCCAUUGGUCAAAAUGACAAAUGUCAACUAUGUGAUGGUGUUACAAGAAAAGUCAGGGGAUCAAUCAAAGUCAUUAGGAUUUAUUGAUGAUGUACAAAAGUUGGUGCCAAUACAUCCGGUAGAUGUUGAGAUACACUACAGAAAAGUCAGUAGAAUUUAUCCUUUGGGAUCAAUAUCUAGACAAAGAUCUAUACCUCAUUUUGGUCAUUUUCAAAUAGAACCUUAAAAUAUGGCAUAUCUCUUCCUUAAAAGACAUCUGGAAGACUUGCAAUGUAAUAAAUCAAACAUAGGCAAGAGAAGAGAGAAUUCCUGCUUGCAGUUGUUUUACUUGCGGUAAACUUUAUAAGUUUAUAAAGUGGUCUCAACGACUGAAACGUUGUAUCUCUGAUAAAGUUUAUUGCAUGUAAAAGUACAUUACAGGCAACGCACCUGUCUACAAGAAACUGAAGGUGUGUAUGAGCCGUAACAGUCAAUAAAUCAAACAUAAAAAUAGUCAGUUUGUUUCUAUGUUAGAGUAAUCUAAUCUGUAAAUCUGCCUCUGAAUUAUGUCCUUCCUCCAGAAUCCUAUCAAUAAAUCUAAGACUUGGUUAAAUCUUCAACUCCAAACCAUACCUGAGAUUUGAGUUAAUCAGGUUUAAAAAGCUUUGAGUUUCAGUCCAGAAUUAGGUUUAAUCCAUAUUCUGAUCCAACCCAUAAUGCCAUUGUACUGCAUGAAGAUUUGGUACCAUGUUUCCUUCUCAUCCUCACUGAUUUUAAAACUACCUAUAAUGAUUGUCUGUGAAUGUUCUUCUAAGAGCCUCUUUGGCGCUCUUGCUUUAUGAAAACCUCUGCUGCUGCUGCAAAAUGCACUGUGAGAAUUUGUCUUUUGUUGUUUUUGUUGUUGAUGUUGAUGUUGUUGUUGUUGUUGUUGUUGUUGUGACUUUAAUGCUGUAACUGCAUUUCAAUGUAGUGUAUUUAUGCCUCUUCACUGUGCUCAGAUGUUGUGAAUCAUGAAAAAAUGUGUUGGUUUAUGUAGUGGAGUGCAGAGAUACAGCACAGUGUAGGGAUAACAGACAGGGACAACAAACGUGGAUAUGAGUUUGGUUUUUUCCGGCUGUGUUGCUCAAUCACUUUUCUUUAUGUUGUCUUUCAUGCGUAUCCAUGCAUGACACGGCUUAAGUAAGAGACACGUUUCCACUUGCACAUCGCAUUCUAUGAGGAUAUUUGAGUUGUUACAUCCAUCAAAAUGAAUGAUAGAAUACAAAUUUUAAAAGAUCGUAUUCGUUCUGUGGUACACAUUUUGUUCAUGUGAAAUUAAAUAUUG